GCAACACCCACAGUGCCACUCCCGUGUCCCCCCAGUGCCACCAGUGCCCCCAGUGCCACCAGUGCCAGCACCAUGCCGUUCAGCAACACGCACAACAAGUACAAGCAGAAGUUCUCCGCCGAGGAGGUUCCGGACCUGUCCAAGCACAACAACCACAUGGCCAAGGUGCUGACCCCCGCCCUGUACCAGCGGCUGCGCGACAAAGAGACCCCGAGCGGCUUCACCCUGGACGACGUCAUCCAGACCGGAGUGGACAACCCCGGCCACCCGUUCAUCAUGACCGUGGGCUGCGUGGCCGGUGACGAGGAGUCCUACGAGGUGUUCAAGGAGCUCUUUGACCCCGUGAUCCAGGACCGCCACGGUGGCUACAAGCCCACGGACAAGCACCGCACCGACCUCAACCACGAGAACCUCAAGGGUGGGGAGGACCUGGACCCCAAGUACGUGCUGAGCAGCCGCGUCCGCACCGGCCGCAGCAUCAAGGGCUACUCGCUGCCCCCCCACUGCAGCCGCGGCGAGCGCCGCGCCAUCGAGAAGCUCUCGGUCACCGCCCUGAACAGCCUGGACGGGGAGUUCAAGGGCAAGUACUACCCGCUGAAGGCCAUGACGGAGCAGGAGCAGCAGCAGCUCAUCGAUGACCAUUUCCUGUUCGACAAACCCGUGUCCCCCCUGCUGCUGGCCUCGGGCAUGGCCCGCGACUGGCCCGACGCCCGCGGCAUCUGGCACAACGACAACAAGACGUUCCUGGUGUGGGUGAACGAGGAGGAUCAUCUCCGCGUCAUCUCCAUGGAGAAGGGCGGCAACAUGAAGGAGGUGUUCCGGCGCUUCUGCGUCGGCCUCAAGAAGAUCGAGGAGAUCUUCAAGCAGGCCGGGCACCCGUUCAUGUGGACGGAGCACCUGGGCUACAUCCUCACCUGCCCGUCCAACCUGGGCACGGGGCUGCGCGGGGGCGUCCACGUGCGCCUGCAGCACCUGAGCCAGCACCCCAAAUUCGAGGAGAUCCUCAAGCGCCUGCGGCUGCAGAAGCGCGGCACAGGCGGGGUGGACACGGCCGCGGUGGGCGCCGUGUUCGACAUCUCCAACGCGGACCGCCUGGGCUUCUCGGAGGUGGAGCAGGUGCAGAUGGUGGUGGACGGCGUCAAGCUCAUGGUGGAGAUGGAGAAGAAGCUCGAGCAGAAGCAGCCCAUCGACGACAUGAUCCCGGCCCAGAAAUAGGGCGGGGGGCGCACCCCGGGGACCCCCCCCCCGGCCACCCGCGGGGACCGCCCCGAGCCCCCCGGCCCGGCCUCAAUAAACGCUGCUGGUCCCCCCCA